AUGAACACGUACUUCACGUUUGCUGUCGCCGCUCUUUCCAUCAUCUCUUCAGUGUACGCCGAGAAGACCUACAGUCAGAUGGAUUGCAUGCCAGAAGAAACUCAAAAAUCCUAUUUAAUCCUGUCGCCUAUGCUCUCGGAUGUUAACCUUGAUACGUGCUCCAAGAAAACGAAUUACAACUUUAUGUCGUCAACGAGUUUGCCAUCGGAAAAAAAGACCAAGGAAAUGUGUGCUGCGAAGGAAUGCGUAAUGCUCAUUGACAAAAUCAAGGCACUAGGCCCGGUUGACUGCAAGGUGCUAAUUCCUACGUCCAAUUUGAAGGUCAACAUCCUCGAAAUGACUUCCACUUUUGAUUCAAAAUGCAAGACGAACGAUCAUUUUGGUGUGCAUGCUUAUGAGGGGUAA